AUGACAACGAAUUACGAAAAUGAUACAUGUUCGGAUCCAUUUAAUCCGAUUGACAAUCGUCUUGAAAACGAAUGUUUAGCAACAUCAAAGGGUAAGAACGGUUUAUUUCCUGCUCGGUUUUGUGUUAAAAUAUCCGGUACUAUUGUUGAUGUCGAUCGCAAUGUUAAUCGUUCAUUAUUACAUAAAAGUCUUUAUCUACGAACGUGUAUCAUAGAUAAUAUUAUGGACUCAACGAGAUCAUCGGAUUCAACUGGAAAUUUUCGUUUGAAAAAUUUCAAUCAAAUCAAAGGUGUACGAAUGCAGGGUACAAUAACAUUAUGUUCACAUGAUGGUUGUAAUCAAACAAAUUUACUGACAAUGAAUUCAAUAACAAUUGUAUUUUUUGUGUUUCUUUGUCUAGUCUAUCAGUUUGAAUAA